AUCGGAGAUGGGGUAGGUGAAGGUGGGCGGGGCGCUGAGUGUCUGGUAAGCGGCUGGGAGAUAGCUGGGGGCCUGGAGCGCGCCUGGUAAGGAAUACUCGGGAUGAACCAUAAGAGUAAGAAGAGGAUAAAGGAGGCCAAGCGGAGCGCUCGGCCCGAGCUCAAGGAGUCGCAGGACUGGAUCCGCCAUAAUUAUAUAGAGGUGUACAGCCUGAGCGCCAACAAUGUGCGGGAUAAUGUAGAGCGGGCUGACGCUAUCCAGCUCAGCCCUGAAGAAUUUAUUGAGCGCUUUGAGAAGCCUUACAAGCCAGUAGUCCUCACCAAUGCUCAGUUUGGUUGGCCAGCUCAAGAGAAAUGGACACUGGAAAGGCUGAAACGCAAGUAUCGCAAUCAGAAGUUCAAAUGUGGAGAGGAUAACGAUGGCUAUUCUGUGAAAAUGAAAAUGAAGUAUUACAUUGAGUACAUGGAGGGGACCCGGGAUGACAGUCCGCUCUACAUCUUUGACAGCAGUUAUGGGGAACAUCCCAAGAGACAGAAAAUACUGGAUGACUAUGAAGUGCCAAAAUAUUUUACGGAUGACCUCUUUCAGUACGCGGGCGAGAAGCGCAGACCACCAUACAGGUGGUUUGUGAUGGGUCCUCCUCGCUCUGGAACAGGAAUACACAUUGAUCCUCUAGGAACUAGUGCCUGGAAUGCCCUGGUCCAUGGCCACAAGCGUUGGUGCCUCUUUCCCACCAAUACCCCACGUGAACUAAUCAAAGUGACACGGGAAGAAGGUGGAAACCAGCAAGAUGAAGCCAUCACUUGGUUUAAUGUCAUAUACCCACGCACAUUGCUUCCUACCUGGCCUGCUGAAUUCAAACCCCUAGAGAUCUUACAGAAGCCUGGAGAGACUGUAUUUGUGCCAGGUGGUUGGUGGCAUGUUGUACUUAACCUGGACACCACUAUGGCUGUUACCCAAAACUUUGCCAGCUGCACGAACUUCCCUAUUGUUUGGCACAAGACAGUAAGAGGACGCCCCAAACUUUCAAGAAAAUGGUACAGAAUCUUGAAACAGGAACGUCCUGAUCUGGCAACUCUUGCAGAUACUGUGGAUUUGCAGGAAUCGACAGGGAUUGCAUCUGACUCUUCAAGUGAUUCAUCUAGUUCUUCUUCCUCAAGUUCUUCAGAAUCUGGCUCCGAGGAUGACUCGAGCUCUGGAGCAGAGACUAUUGCCCACAGAAAAAAGAAGAGAAGAACAUGUGGUGGGAUGGGCAAUGGAGAUAUUACUACGCAGGAUGACUGUGUGAGCAAAGAACGCAGCUCAUCCCGAUGAUAUUGACACCAUAAACAC